AUGUGCAGACUUCGAAAGAAAACGCAAGUCCCUCCACCGGCACAACGCCGCAUCCCACAACACCCACAAAACCAAACACCUCCCUAUCUUCAGCAAGCACAAUAUCAGAAGACACAACUGCGGUCCCAGUCUCCCACAGAAUUUCAGCGUCGAGAGUAUGGACACACAUCGCCAAGUCCAUCAAGACCGAAAAAGCCUCUGCCUCCAUCAAAGUCCCCGAUACACCAUCAUCAUCAGAAGGAAAAUAAUCAUCAACUCCCAGCGCGCCCCGUAACGGCAUGGCCCGGACCAGAAAAGAUUUCGGAAAGGUUAUCUUCCCCGUGGGACGGCGCUAUACCACAAGAAAACUACCCUGGAUCACUCGAGACUAACUUCGAUCCCGACCUAACAUCCCCGCCUCUAUACCAUCGGUUCCCACCCAAACAAGAACAUCACCACACGGUCUCUCAGCCCACCACUGCCUCUACACCAGCUACAGGGAGGCGUAACGUGCCGAGCAGCUAUCAAAUUUCCUACUACUUCGACAACAGCCCCAACGUAGUCACACUAUGGAGAUCACCUACACCACCUCCUUCUCAACCACCACCACUUCCCCACUACGAUAAUCCGAGCGCGGUUCUUAAUUGGGCAUUGGGGACUGGACAUCAAGACUCGCGGAUCGUAUCGGGUGUUUCCUCCCUGUCGUACUAUUCAGAGGCUGCACCUCAGCACCGGCGGCCUGUAUCAGAAGUUUCCUCCGUGUCGUCGUAUUAUUCUGAGCAACGAGAAAGCAGGGCGCUGACCCCCAUUCCUGAGGUGAAGAAGUGGGGGAAUGCUAAGUAUCAGAACGACAGGCGGGAGGAAUCAAAUUGGUUGUAG